AUGAAAGGAGUCUUUGAAUCACGGCGACCAAAACCUAAGUACACGAAAAUUUGGGAUGUCGGAGAAGUUUUGAAACAUUUGUCUACGUUUUACCCGUAUGACAAAUUGGCAUUGAAAGAUUUGACGUAUAAAGUUCUCAUGUUAAUCUUACUAGUCUCGAGUCAACGAGGACAAACUGUACACUCUUUAGAUCUUUUAAGCACCUUUGUGUGGAAGAGGACAAAUAAAUAUUUGACAUUGAUGAACACAUGAAGACCAAUAGUCCAAGGAACCCUAAUACAAGAAUCGAAAUAGCUAGAUAUGAGCCGGAUGUUUCCAUUUGUCCUUUCACUUGCCUUCAGGCGUAUAUUAACAGCACAAAAGGUUUGCGUGAAGAUGAAACGAAAUUAUUUGUUAGUUAUGUUAGGCCACAUAAACCUGUCUCCAGGGGCACAAUUUCCAGGUGGACUAAGGAAACCCUCCACCUUUGUGGGGUGGAUACCAAAGUGUUCUCCGCCCAUAGCACUAGGUCGGCGUCUGUUUCAAAAGCCAGUGCCAAAGAUGUCCCUUUUCACGAGAUCAUGGCCAGGGCUGGCUGGAAAUCCGCAGAGACUUUUCAUAAAUAUUACAAUAAGCCUGUUAUUCAAGAAAAC